AUUCACGUUUAGAACGACAGCGUUGGGCCUUUCCUUCAGUCAGCUCUGGAAAAGGAAGUUGAUCAACGAUUCAGCAAGCAUCCUAUUUGCGUAUAACCUGCCUACAACUUACAAGUGAUCGAUCUUCGCGAUGAGGUUCUUGUAUUGCCUAACCGUGUUGGCGUUGUUCGUAUCCUUCGGUCGGGCCGCUAACCAUUGCCCGACGGCGUUCCCAGAAGAGUUCGGUGCCAGUUGCUACUCAAUCACCCGGCAGGACACGACGUUCAGCGAUGCUGCCGCAGCAUGCGCAGCGGGCGGUGGUCGACUGGUUGAAAUCAACACAGUCGAGGAGAACAACUUCGUGUUGACGCUGACUGCGACAGCCGGAGUCAACACGUGGAUUGGCUUGGACAGCGCGCCGACCGGGGGCAACGUGUUCCGCUUCAGCACAUCCCAGGCGAGCCCGGUGUUCAUCGGCUUUGCGGGCGGUGCCCUGCCCAGCCUGACCGGCCCACACUGCACGGAGCUGCAACCCCCCAGCGGUGUCUGGGCGGCUGUGGACUGCUCGCAAGAGAAACACUAUGUGUGCGAGCAAGCGCAAGCGUUCGUGGCCUGCCCGCCGCCAAGCAGUCUCAACAUCUCCGUCGCCAAGGAGGUCCUCUCGCAGUUCUUUAUCGCCAACGCGUCCGACCUGCACAUCGGCUCUGCGGCUAGUGACCCGCUGUGCCGAGUUGCCGAGGUGAACGGGCAGUACACGGCGCUCAUCGAGCCCAACACCUGCGAUGUCAGUUUCUCCUACGACCCAGCCAUACCUCAAGUGGUGCGCUUGAACGCCAUCUUGUAUCACACACCCACGUCGGGCCUGAUCACUCGCAGCCGCGGCCAGCUGAUCGCGUUCGACUGCCAAGUGCAGACCGUGGACCUGGUCUCGAGCUCGGCCAUCGACCCGCAGGCUCUACAGGCGUCACUCACGCAGGUGGGGUUUGGAGAGUUCACGGUCGGAGUGCAGUUCACCAGUGACUCGACCUACUCUGCGGCGCUCACGGCCAACACGAUAACGCUUGGUGAGCCAGUGUUUGUGCAGACGUUCGUAGCCAACGAUGUGCUUUCCAACCUGGAUAUAUUCGUCGACCGUUGCUUCGCUUCGCCCAGCAGUGAUCCCUCGGACCAGUCAACCAUUCUGGAAGUGAUUAACGAUGAUUGCCCUGGCAGCGUUCUGGCUCAGGUCACCGUAGCAACUGGCGGCGCUAGCAACGUCUUCAACUUCCAAUUCAACGCCUUUGAGUUCCUCGUCGGCGGUGCGUCACAGCCAUUGCUAUACUUGCACUGCACAACACGCGUCUGUGAUGCCAACGUGGGCACCAGCGUGUGCGUCACCGAUGUCGGAACGUGCGCCCGCCGACGCCGAGACCUGGACCUGAUGGGACGCUGGCGACGACAGUCACCCACCGACCCGUACGCGCCCGGAACUGCUCCGCUGCCGCAGACCAGCACCAUCGGGCCGCUCAACUUUGUUCGAGAAGAUGGAAAGCCUGGUGCGACUGAUGCAGGGGGUGCCGCUGCUGCCACAUCUCCUGCAGCGUUCUACGGCCUUCUGCUGAGCCUGGCUGUGCUGUAUGUGGCUGUGUGAUUUGCGUCCGGACCGUUGACCGUAUUUUUUAGAGACUGUUUCCGUAUGCAUUUACACUACCAUGCUAGUGUCGCUCAGCUGGCACUCACGAGACAUUUCUCCAACGGAAUACUCCCCGACAUGCCAUACCGCUGCACAAACCUUUCCUCUACCACUGCAUACACCAUUCCUCAGUAGCCAAACAUGCUGUUAGUAUUUCCAUAGAUUUCGUGAUUUUUUUCGUGAGUUUUUGUUAUUCUUACACACACCGUGCGUGUCAGCACUUGUCUUGCUGGCUAUUGCACGUACAACCCCAGAGCUCAUAGUAGUGAUAUGAGUUCUGCACGUCUGCACUCACUGCACAGUUGGGCCUUCGCCUUUGCUUUUGCCGCCAGCUCAAGCCUUCUACUUCGCAAUGGACCAGAUUUAGUUCUUGUUUCAAUAGUAGAGCAAGGUCAGUUA